AUGCAAAUCCAAUGGGGUCAGAUAUGGGAAGGGAAUGUGGAUUUCCCAAAAUUUCAAAGACUCGACAUGAUAUCAGAACCUUACAUUCGUGAGAAGUUUCUAGAAAGGGAAGAUAUCGCAAAUAUUAAAGCUUUUAAUAUUAAUUCCGUUUUUUGGUCAGAUAACUCCCAAAAGCAAGCAAGCACACCAAAUAGAAAUAAUCGAAGCGAAAUGAGGGAACAAAAUACUUCGCAUUCUGAAAGAAUAACAUCAACUGCUGAACAAACAAAUACGAAACCAUACACACCACAAAGAACAACUCGAUAUGCAUCGGACUCUUCAAAUACGCAGAAAAACAAAGUUUACGUUCUUAAUUAUCCAAAAUAUGAUAAUUAUGGUAAUUCUUCUAAUGAAGAAUUACGCGGCAAAAAUGAUCCUCACAUACCAUCAGAAUUACGCAAAUUAUAUGAUGUCAGUGAAGUUACUCCUAAGCUAUUUCCUCCAGAUUAUACUUUUGAUAAUGAUUAUGACACUCAACGCCUCUUGAAGCAAAUGUUCAAGAAUUCAGGCGUUGAUUAA